AAGUAGCCCGGAAAAGUCAAGCAGGCUUCGACUUUUUAUUCCAAAAUUUUCCAUUAUUGAAAUUCUACAAAAUUUUAAGCAGAAAAUAAAAUAAAAAUAAAAGAUUUGCAAAAUUCAGCAAUGUCGCAGGCAAAUGGGACCUUUUUGAUGGGAACGACGACGCCGGAACCACCGCUUACGCUGAAAAUGUGGGGCCUGCUCUUCAUAUUCGGCAUCAUCGUCCUGAUCACGCUCCUGUGCAUAGUGUUUAUGAUGCUCCUAGUCCUGUUCGGCUGCAUGAAAUCCUUCCUGUGCAUUCGUUGUCGCCGAUGUCGCGGCGACAAGGAGGAAACAUAGCACAGUGUAGUUAUUUUAUUCAUAUUUUGUGUCGGCAAAUAUACCAAAGUUGUUUCGA